GUGUCGUUCGUCUUCGCUUGCCCAGCGACUGGCAGUUGCUCAGCGACUCGACACUCAAGUAGACCAGGGUAUAGCUAGUGCCAGCCAAGCCAAGAGCAACCGUUAGACAUACAGUAAAAUAGCAAUAACCGCAACGACCUAUCCACUUCCCACUGUUUAUUGUUCUAUAAACCAGGUGCAAGUGCAACUUUUAACAAACAACAACAAUCGCGCGCCCUUGCCACCACACUUCCCAAUCGAUUCUCCAACAAUUUUACCCCUCCCGCCUGAUAAACUGAUCGCAACAUUCUCGAAGCUUUUUUUCGACAAGCUUAUUACACAUAUAACCUACCAAAGCCGAAAAAAACGCGUGGUUCGCAAAGAAACGACAAAAAAAAGAAAUAGAAAAAGCGAAAAAAAAAAGUGAAAUUGAAAUUCGAAUUCAAAGUCAAAAUCAAAAAUCUAAAGUUAUUGGAGAGUUACACAUACAUACAUACAUACAGUAAAGUGAUUGCGCGUAUAUCUAUGUGUGUGUGAGAGUGAACUAUCGUAUACGUGAGUGUGUGAGUGUUAGAGAAGAGUGCAAGUGCAAGUGCAACCGGUAACGGGAUAUUGAGAGAGAAGAAGCUUUAAAGGAAACAAAAAGGACAAAGACCCUCAAAGCAGUUAGGGCAACAAUUGUCAGACCAAAAAAAAUUUGUCUGAAACUCAGCCUACACUCGGCUUGGUUUGGUUUCACGUUUCGGGAGUAUUAUUCCAAAAUCAAAACCAAAUACCCGAACCAAUCGCCGCCAUCCUGGCACGCCGUUCGUUGUUAGUGUGAGGCGUAAGGCGGUUCGCCGUAACGGUUAACUCACCCCACACCCCUGCUGCCCGUCGUCGAUAGCAUUUGACCACCCACCCACCGACCACCACUGGAUCCAUCCCCCACCCCUGCUACCGAUAGCCGGUCGCCCCGAUUGCCGAUAGUCCGCCACGUCGAUAGCCGCCAUCGCCUUGCAGCGAUAGCGAAAUCCGUUAGUUCGGACAAAAAGUAACUGUAUGUUCUCUCUUUUUGUGGAACUGCAUCCUGCGGAACUGAAGAGAGCGUGAACUUUUGGAUAAUGAGCGCAUAGGCACGAGCUGUCCGAAUUAUUCAGGGGUAGCAGCAGACAAGCAGCAGCAUCGAAGUCUACAAUAACAGCAUUUUUGCAAAAAAAAAACAAAAAUCAAGAAAGAAAGAAAAAAAGACGCAGUUGAAAAAGUGUUAGCAAGUGAAGAAGAACAAGAUCAACAGAAAAGAGAGCAGAAACAACUUUAAUGAAUUUCGUGAUUAAAAACAUUUCAAAGGUACAACAAAAGCUCAUUUAAUAUAAAAAUAAGAAGAACGCAACAGCAAGAGUGAGUGAAAAAAAAAAAUAAAAAUAUAUAUUUAAAAUCGUGGCACAAACUAAAAACACAACAAAAACAAAAAAAAAAAGCUCUCCGUUGAAACGAAAACGAGAGCGAAUGUACGAGUGUGCGAGUGCGAGUGAAAUAGCAAAAGCGUGAAAAGAGCGAGCGAGCGAGAGACAACAACAAAAAGCGAAGUAAAAACCAAAAGGCAAGCCAAUUGCGCACGGAACGUAGAACGGAGAAAACUAACGGAACUCGCGAGCCAAACAGCACACGGAAUAUAACGGUAUAAAACGACAUUAACGGUUAACGGUUACAACUCUAAAAUCGAUCAAAAGGCUAUUCAAGAAGAAGAAGAUGGUAAACAAGGCCAACGGCAAGGCGCUGGGGCAGAAGGCGGACAAGGACAAGGAGAGGCUAAAAGAGCGAGAGGCAAUGUUGCCGGCGGCGGGCAACAGCAACAAUAAUAGCAACAACAACAACAUCACGCAAAUGACACAGAGCAACAAUAGCAAUAAAGCGAGCAACAAGGGUAACAACAACAAUAAUAACAACAACAAUAAAGGCUCCAAUGUCAAAACAAACAGUAAUAAGAAGAAUGGAGGAAAAGGACAACAAAAUCAACAGCAGCAGCAACAACAACAGCAGCAGCAGCAGCGCAGCAAGAAAGCCAAACCCCAAAGGCAACAGAUAUUCCUCCAGUCGUUGCCACGCGACACCAGCAAUUACAACAACAGAAGCAAUAGCAAUAACAGUAGCAGUAGAAAUAGUAGCAACUGUGGCAACAUACUUGCAACAUCAGCAGCAGCAACAUCCCCAGAGACACUUCCAACACACUCGGACAUCAGUCUGAAGGUCAACUCAGGUGAACUUUUAACCGCCGCACUGACCGUACCAUGUGCCAAGUGCUCCAAGCCAGCUAUGAUCUCCACCUUGACCACCACUGUUGCCGCCUCCUCGUCCUCGUCCUCGGCCUCCUCGGCUAGCUCCGCCCUAUCGACCACCAGCUCCUCCGGAUCGGAGACUGCCAGCAAUCAUUCAGCGGAACUCAGUUACCCGGAACCGGUUGUUUAUUCCGGCAAGCAGUAUCGCAAAUCCAAAUCCUAUAUGGGUGCAUCCCAGUACAACAACAACAAUUCCUAUCAAUCGAGUGGAUCGAGCCGGGCACCAAGCUCCUCCGGCGGCAGUAAUGGCAACCAUGUGGCUUAUAGACGCUCUCAUAGCGAUCGCCGUAAUUCUUUCGAUCGCACCUUUGCCUUCCGGAAUCGCGACUUUGUUCCCAUUGUGCCGCCGUCGCGUCCCGUCCUCUCGUCCUCAAACAUAGCCGGAGUGAUGGCCAGUUCCACCAAGUUGACGAUCAUCGAGCGGUUCGGCAAGGGCCGAGUCGCAUAUCCCAUAAUGCAGUGCGGGACACUAGACGGAGCCGAACCGUUAUAUCAUCAACAGCGCAGCAACAGAAUGGACGUCUACCAGAUCGACGAUGGCUUCCAUUCGGAUGGUGGCACCGAAACCCCACCACCGUCACCGAGUUCCGGCUCCUCGAUAGCCUCCACCUCGGACCAUGGAUCCCUGGAGAGUGUGGACACUGGGGGGACACAACGAUUGGCUGUCCUCUCGUUCGAGCAGGUCAGCAAGCUCCACAAUGUCAUGGACGAGAAGGUGGCCAUCCAUGGAAGGGGCAAUUUCCCAACAUUGGAAGUAACACUCAAGGAUCUGGUGAAUCUGGUGCGACGUAAAUUGGAGGCGGAGGUUAAUGCCGGCGGUGCCGGGGUGUUAGUUAAGGACAUCCGUCUGAAUGGCGGGGCAGCUAGUCAUGUUUUAGCCAGCGAGGAUCAGCCGUACAAUGAUCUGGAUCUGAUAUUCGCCAUUGAGUUAAGUUCCCCGCGGGUAUUCGAUCGGGUUAAGGUGGCUGUCCUUAAUACCCUACUGGACCUGAUGCCCGAGGGUGUGUGCAAGCGUCGGAUCUACACGUGCUCCCUGAAGGAAGCCUAUGUCGGUAAAAUGGUCAAGGUGAAUAAUAAUAAUGAUGGCGAUCGCUGGUCCCUCAUCUCGCUGGGCAACUCCCCAGGCCAUAAGAAUGUGGAGCUAAAGUUCGUGGAUACGAUGCGGCGGCAAUUUGAAUUUUCAGUUGAUUCGUUUCAAAUAGUACUCGAUUCGCUGUUACUAUUUUAUGAUUGUGCCGCAUUGCCAAUAUCGGAGAACUUCUAUCCGACGGUGGUCGGUGAAUCGGUGUAUGGAGACUUUCAGGAGGCCCUCUACCACUUGCAAAAGAAAUUGAUCUCAACGCGUCAGCCGGAGGAGAUACGAGGCGGCGGCCUGCUCAAGUACUGCAAUCUAUUGGUGCGUAACUAUAAGGCCGUCGACUCGCAGCUCAUCAAGACCUUGGAGCGAUAUAUGUGUUCGCGUUUCUUCAUCGAUUUCCCGGACAUAAAUACGCAGACCAUUAAACUGGAGGCAUAUUUGCGUAACCAUUUCUGGGGUGUCGAUGAGGAACCGCUGCAGUAUCAGUAUCUGAUGCAUUUACGCGAAGUGGUCGAAAUGUCGACGGUCUGUCUGAUGGGACAUGAACGGCGUCAGACACUCCAUUUAAUCCAAUCGCUGGCCGCCCAGGUGCUCUUCAAUAAGCAGGAGAAGCAACAGCAACAGCACGCUCAUGAGCAGUACCAGCAGCAACAGCAGCAACAGCAGCAGCAACAGCAACAGCAGCAGCAGCAGCAACAGCAGCAACACCAACAGCAGCAGCAGCAGCAGAAACAUCACCGUCAACAUCAGCAUCAGCAUCAGUUCCUUGAUCCGGCGCAGCAGCAGGCGCAACAACAACAACAAACACAAACACAAACACAGACGCAACAGCAACAACAGGCCGCAACACUGACCUUGGUCUCGCAGGCGCCGCCAACGGCUCAGGCGCAGACCAUCUAUGUGCAACAGGCCGCUCCCGCUGCCGUUUGCUGCACGAGCAGCGCGGACCAGUCGGCGCCAGCCGCUCCCCAGACCAUACAGAUACAGGCCGGUCCGCCGGGACUCAUUUACGCCAAUGGCGUCUACUAUGCACCUGUGAUCCCCAGCACCAUCUGCACGUGCAACUCCACCUGGCUGAGCACGUGAUUGGAGCAGCAGCAGCAUCUGCAGAAGCAGCAGCAUCCGCAGCAGCAUCAUCAUCAGCAGCAGCAUCAUCAUCAGCAGCAACAGCAGCAGCAGCAACCACAGUGGUCAGAGAAUGCAUGGGGAUCUAUGCUCUUAGCUGAAACUGAACCACCAAUAGAAACAGCACCACUAAUCCCACAACCACCACCACCACCAUCACUACCAUCAUCUGACUCGGAAUCAGAAUCAGUAUCAGAAUCAGAAUCAGUCAGGACGAAGAAGAGCAAGGGCCAGGAGAAGGAGGAGGAGCAGGAAGAGGCCAGGAGGAUGAUGGCAAGAAGAGCAGCUAAUACCAUAACCAUGACAAGGACGGGAGGGAAAACCACAUCAACCACAACAGGAACAACUACUACUACUACUACUACUACCACCACCACCACCACCAGAAUCGAUCAGAAGCAGUCAUCAAAAUUAGGAGAAGAUGGAGGAGGAGGAGGAGAAGUUGUAGGCGAAGGAGGCAGAGGCAGAGGCCCAGCAGCAGGAGGAGUAACCGGCAACUUGGUCCUGACACCUCAGCAGAUCAGCGGAGUGCCCGUCUACUACAGCCUGCAGGAGGAGGAUGGUGGCGGCAAGAAGAAGCGAUCGGCGGCGGCGGGCACCUACAGUGGCCAGUUUGCAUACUUCUACCCCCAUGACGGCUCAGCGCCCAGUGUACUGCUGUUGGGCAAGGACUCUUACCUCAAUGUGACCGAGCAACAGCAACAGGAGCAACAGCAACAGGAGCAGGAGCAACACCAUCAGCAACAGGAUCAUCAGAAGCAGCAGCAUCACAGAAAGCUAAAGAAGAAGCAACUUCAACAUCAGUUUGUCUAGGAUGGGAAGGAAAUAGAAAGGGAGGAUCAAGGAUCAAGGAUCUAGGAUCGAGGAUCUAGGAUCAGAUCACUGUUUGAUUAAUACCUUGCCCCUGGGUACCUUUCGAUUACUGUUUCGAUUCAUUAUUCAUUCGGUUAGCUUCUACUUUGCGUUAUCUGUACGAUCAGAGCUCUAUACUCUAUACUGUUCCUUUUCUAUAUAUAUAUACGAUUCCACUGAUAUAUAUUCAUCAUUGUGACCGGCGACUGUAAACUUUCCACGACACCCAAAACUACCCUAAUCCCAAACUACUAACUUACCAUACGCGCUCCUACUUUAAUAAUAUCCGAAUAUCUCUAAUCCGAGUCGCUUUUGAAAAAAAAGAUAGAUGUUUGAAACUCACUCUCCUGGAAAGAUCCAAUCCCCGCGAACGCGUCAAUCUGCAAAAAAGGACGAACGAAAUGUAACGCAAUCUCCUUAAUCAAGGAUAGCGAUUUGAUUUUAUUUUCUUUUCCCUUUUUUUUUUUGGCGUAUCUCUCGUAUCUUUCUACUCUCCCCCAGCUCAUAUGGAGUUACUUGUGUCAUUGCGUUUAAAAAGAUAAAAUAAUAGAACAAAAAUAAGUAGUAGUAGCUAUAAUAGAGAGGACAAAAUUUGAAUUUGUAAGAUCUUUAAAAAGUAAAUGAGAAAAAUGAAUCACAAGUCGAGAUGUAGUAGAGUGUAAUACCAAAAUUUUUUCUGUUUGCUCGGUCCAAAAUCGUUUUCAUCUUUUCCAACUUUCCUCAUUUUUUUUGUAAUAAACUAACCCCCCAAAAAACCCCCCCGAAAUGAUCAAGUGACUUUAUUUUUUUUAUUUAAUCAUCCAUAUAUAAUAUUUUGUAAUUUUUUUUUAAUAAACCAAACCGACACUCACCCGACAGAACUAAACUAAUAUUUUGUAUGGAUAUGAUUAUGAAUUGACCUUUUUGGAGGAGUACUGGAGGAGGGAGGUCUGGGGGGAAUUCCAAGCAACUAUCUAAUAUCUAAUUGCAGGCUGAGACAAAAAUAAAAUUAAAUAAUAAUAUGUAAAUAUUAGUCAAAUGGAAGUGUAGAGAAGUUGCUCAAUGAAAUUCAAUUCACAAAAAUAUCUAAAAUAUAAACUAAAUGUUUAAAGAGCUGUCAUAUUUUUGAUUGAUUGAUUGAUUGAUUGAGGAGAAGAAUGAAUUCCGAUGGGUGAUAAUUUAUGAAUGAUUCAAAACUGAUAUACAAACUAAAUAUAAUAUUAGAAAAAAACAAAAAUACAAAAAAUACAAAAAUAUUUAUAAAUCAAGAAAAUAAAAAAUGCUACAAACAAAUCAAGAAAAAAAUAUAUGAAUGCUUUAUGUGUAAGUCUUCUAUUUUUUGCAAUUGCAACAAAAAAUAAAACAAAUAUAUAUACAUAUAUAUUUAUAGUUUAAACUUUAAAGGCAUAUAUAUUUAUAUAUCUACAAAAAAAAAUAAAAAAAUGAAAGACAAAAAUGGUCCACAUAAGAUUUGAUGAUGAUGUUGAUGAAGACUACGAUGAUGAUGAUGAUGAUGAAUAUUAUGAUGUUUCCUCUCCGCAUGCAUUCUUUGAAAACUUUGUUUACACACACAACACAUACACACACCCCAACACACAACACACACACACUUUUGUAUAAUGUUAACCUUGAACUUGUGUUUUGAAUUUAUGUAUUAACUUUAGUUUAAACAUUGUGACAUAAUCUACGAUGUACGCUGUAUGUAUGUGUAUAUAUCCAGACUAUCUAUAUGCAUAUUCGACAAGGUCCAAAGCCAAUGUAUUCCAAUUUGCGAAUUGUUUUGUUUUUAUUUUCUCCAAAAACGAGGGAUAGAGCUCAACAGUCCGCAAUACAUUUUACUUAGUGCAAAAAAACAAAAAAAAAAAAACCUGAAACUGAAACUGAAACCGCAACUAAACUGAAUCAAAAUCUAAACCAAAAAAAAAUACAAGCAAAAAAAAGAAAUCUAUUAAAAAAAACA